AAAAAAAAUAAGAAAAAAGGCGACUCGCUGUUUCCCAUAACUCAGUUGUCCGAGUUCGACACGACAAAUCGAGGCACAACACAACUCUACACACAACUACGAUCUUCGAUUCCUUCACAAAAACCUCAAUCAUUCUUCCGCUAUUGUUCCAUUCCCAUUCCUCUAGUCCUCGUUCCUCAUUCUCUUUCAAUUUCGGUGAAAAAGCGCGUUUUUGUACUUUUUUUCUUGGAUCUGGGCACUUAUAUUCCCGUGAAAUCUGGCUAUGGACUACGAACCCUACGAUAGUAGCGGAACUGAUGAUGAUCUUCCACCAACACAUCAGAAUAGAAUUCCUAGAGGGGCACGUCUUGCUGGGAAUGGAAGAUCUGCAGUAGGUUCAAUGUCAUACCCCAGGAUGUAUGGUGAAAUUGACAUGGAAGCUCAAAUUCACCAACUUGAGCAAGAAGCGUAUAGUUCGGUUUUACGGGCCUUUAAAGCUCAAGCUGAUGCCAUUACUUGGGAGAAAGAAAGCUUGAUAACAGAACUAAGAAAAGAACUAAGAUUAUCAAACGAGGAACACAGGGAGCUUCUAGGCCGUGUUAAUGCAGAUGAUGUUAUACGAAGGAUAAGGGAGUGGAGACAGACAGGAGGCCAUCAACCCGGUUUGCUGACGUCUGGACAAGUUAUUCAUGAUUCAAAUCCAAGUCCAACAGUCUCCGCAUCUCGUAAGAAGCCGAAGAUAACACCAUCUGUACCAUCACAAUCUUUUGGCGGACCUUCUCCUUCAUUUCACCCCCAACCUGGGGCUGCACCCCACCAGCCAUCUUCUUCUGUUGGAAAACGUGGAUCUGUUCCGGGAUCCAAGGGCAAGAAGCAGAAACCUAGCCAAGUAUUACCGGGAGUGUCUUCAAUAAAGCAAUACCCUUCAUCAGGACCAGGGGGAAGGAAUCAAGUACCUAAUAGAGUUACUUCUGGUGCUGUCACAGGUGAGCUUGCUGAGGGAGCAUCAUUUGAUUCACUCAUUGGUAGGAGAGUACGAACAAGAUGGCCUGAUGACAAUAACUUCUAUGAAGCGGUUAUCACCCACUACAAUCCAAUAGAUGGUCGACACCAUCUGGUCUAUGACAUGGGGAGUGCAAAUGAAACAGUGGAAUUGGUUAAUCUGUCAGAGAUCUCUCCAGAAGAUAUUCGGUGGGUAGGUGAGGAUCCUGGAAUUAACCAUCGUGGUGGUUUUGGCGGAUCUGGUCGUGGGAUGAAUAGGGCUGUAGGCCGUGAUAGUGUUCCAGGAGCUGGAAGAGGUAGGGGAGGUACAAAGGGGCAAUCGAAAAAAGAUUUAUUGCCAGCACAGAAUGGAAUAGGAAAGAAGGCUCUGGAUGAUAUACAAAUACUUCACACAGACACACUAGUUAAGGAGGUUGAAAGGGUGUUUAGCGCAAAUCAUCCCGAUGCACUUGAAAUUGAGAAAGCCAAGAAAAUAUUGAAGGAUCAUGAGCAAGCUCUUAUUGAUGCAAUUGCAAGACUUGCUGAUCUUUCUGAUGGUGAAAGUGAUGAGGGUGGUCACCAUUUCACACAUGCUAAAUCAAUGGAUUGAGAUUGAUGGAACACCUACCAUAUACCAUGGCAAAAGGAGACAUUUAAGGGAAGCAAAAGUAACGGGAAAGCUUAAAUUUUCUCUUUGUAAAAGAUAACUUACCUGACACAUGAUAGUUCUUUGGGCUUGUGUCUUGUGCAUUAGUCAUUCAAGUAGGAUGACAUUUAUGUAAUUUGGUAAUAAUAUUUAUUGAGGGUAAGAUUUGACCUAGGAUCAGCUGAUGCAUGUAUAAAAGGUAUGGUAGUGUAUACGUUCUUGUAUCUGUUUUGUUGUAUCAAAUUAAGGGUCGACUCGUUCAUUUAAAAUGCAAGGUAAAUUCCACUACUUCUUUGAGAGAGAAGCAUCAAUUA